AUGAGCGACCAAGGAUCCCACUUUUGUAAUAGGAAAGUAGAGGCACUGCUCAAGCGCUAUGGGGUAGUGCAUAAGGUUGCCACUACUUUUCAUCCGCAAACCAACGGACAAGCGGAUGUGUCCAACUGGGAGAUUAAGAGAAUUUUGGAGAAAGUGGUCAAUCCGCAAAGGAAGGAUUGGAGCCUCCGGUUAGGAGAUGCACUAUGGGCGUAUAGAACGGCCUACAAGACUCCGUUAGGGAUGAGUCCCUUCCGGAUCGUCUAUGGUAAGGCAUGCCACCUGCCGGUGGAGAUUGAGCACAAAGCCUAUUGGGCAGUAAAGCGGUGCAACAUGGAUUUGACCCAAGUCGGAGUAGCCAGAAAAUUGCAGCUAGAGGAGCUCGAGUGUUUGAGGAACGAAGCGUAUGAGAAUGCCCGGAUUUACAAGGAAAAGACUAAAGCAUUACAUGACCAUCACAUCCGGAAGAAGGACUUCCAAGAAGGUGAUGAGUUUCUCCUCUAUAAUUCAGGGCUUCGUUUCAUGCCUGGCAAGCUCUGCUCUAGAUGGGAAUGA